GCCCUUCUCCUGCCCCUCUGGACUACCAUGGAGGGGAUGGCUCUCUAUCUGGUGGCUGCUCUGUUGAUUGGUUUUCCGGGGUCUUCUCACGGGGCUCUUUACACUCUCAUCACCCCUGGUGUUCUGCGAACAGACACAGAAGAGCAAAUUUUGGUGGAAGCCCAUGGAGACAAUGCUCCAAAACAGCCUGUUAUCUCUGUUCAUGAUUUUCCAAGGAGACAGAAAACCUUGUUCCAAACCAGAGUAGAUAUGAAUCCAGCGGGAGGCAUGCUUGUUACUCCAACUAUAAAGAUUCCUGCAAAAGAACUGAAUAAGGAAUCCAGGCAAAAUCAGUAUGUGGUUGUGAAAGUAAGUGGUCUGCCAUUGGAACUAGAAAAGGUGGUUCUCCUUUCUUACCAGAGUGGCUUUGUGUUCAUCCAGACUGAUAAAGGCAUCUAUACACCAGGCUCUCCAGUGCGCUAUCGUGUCUUUUCUAUGGAUUACAACAUGCACAGGAUGGACAAAACUGUGAUUGUCGAGUUUCAGACUCCAGAAGGCGUUGUUGUCAAUUCUAAUCCAGUCAAUCCAUCUUCAGUCUUGAUCCGGCCUUACAAUUUACCAGAGCUUGUCAGUUUUGGGACAUGGAAGGCUGUGGCCAAAUAUGAACAUUCACCAGAAGAGAGCUAUACUGCAUAUUUUGAUGUCAGAGAAUAUGUGUUACCAAGCUUUGAAGUCCGUCUGCAACCAUCAGAUAAGUUUCUUUACAUUGAUGGCAAUAAAAAUUUCCACGUGUCUAUCACCGCAAGGUACUUGUAUGGAAAGAAAGUGGAAGGUGUGGCCUUUGUCCUCUUUGGAGUGAAAAUAGAUGAUGCUAAAAAGAGUAUUCCGGACUCACUCACGAGAAUUCCGAUUAUUGAUGGAGAUGGGGAAGCAAUACUAAAAAGAGAUACACUACGUUCUCGAUUUCAAAAUCUCAAUGAGCUUGUUGGUCAUACUCUAUAUGCAUCUGUAACAGUCAUGACAGAAUCAGGCAGUGAUAUGGUAGUGACUGAGCAAAGCGGCAUUCAUAUUGUGACAUCUCCCUAUCAGAUCUACUUCACAAAAACCCCCAAAUAUUUCAAGCCAGGAAUGCCAUAUGAACUGACGGUGUAUGUUACCAACCCUGAUGGCUCACCAGCUGCCAAUGUACCAGUGGUAUCAGAGGCC